AGUCGUGUUGUCCUGGUUGUUUUCGGAAUUGAGCUUUUCCCCUUCCGGGGGGUUGGAGAGCCUUAAAUAAUUUGGAGCUUUAAUGUUGGACUCGUUCCAACGGCGGCGGAAAUUGCACGGUUCGGUUUGUUGGUUUUGGCAUAGAACGGCGUGUGUGUCUGUGUGUGCAAUGUUGUUGUUUAGUUUCGAGGAAAAGCCCCUCCAUCUGGGGGUGCACCGCUAUAGCAUGUUUAGCUUUCACUGGAAAAUCGGUCGGUCUGGUUAUUUAAUGAAUUAGCUAGAACUUGUUAUGCUGGUAAAAUGGUGAUUGUGUAUCACCACAAGUUAAUGAAGGUUAGAAACCAAUCAAGAAGUAAUUUUCCGAAUAACAUACAAUUUUGUGGAAAUUCGGCCAAAUUGCUCAAUUGAUUUAAUUCCUCGAACUGUGAAGACAAUAAGCAUGAAAAGAACAUUAAAGCCGGGAAAAUGAAAUAACUGAUCAGUGGCCAGCAUGACCCGUCUACUAAAACUUCUUUCACUGUUAAUCAGUUUUGCUAUCGUAACAACCACAAAUUCGUCACACUUUUUGAGUUCGAACCUUCCAAACGAACCACAGCUGGUUAUCGAUUUGGUGUCGUUUCUGAAAGUUCCUCUGAAAGUCACUCUGCUCGUUUGCUGGUCGAAAGAGGAAACUGCGGACUUUAUUCGACAGGUGAACUGGCCUUCAUUUCGCAUCGUCGCGAAGCCGGUCUUCAUUGAGGCAAAGUCGGAUUCGGUGGAACAUUUGCGAUUCUUGGACACACGGGAGCCUCACCAACAGCUCGUCGUCGUCGAUGUGGCUUGUCCGAGGACGGGUGAGCUACUUUUGGCCGCGCGUCAUCGAAUCUACCAUCGAGUACGAUGGGUCUUGCUGGAUGGUCAGCGUGGGCAGAUGGAGCCGGAACGACGAGUGUUUGAUGCAGUUGGGUCGCUAUCGGUUACUGGAAGCAGCGAAGUUUACUAUUUUAGAACAGAUUUGAUUGGUGGAAACGUUUCGAUCAGAAAUGUUUACAGAAACUCAAUGCAAAGAGGCCUCAUCAGCGAAGAGAUUGCCAUCUGGUGCAAUGGAGUCAUUGACGACCGACGAGCAGGUCGAUCAGUGUCAGUUCGACGGAAGAACCUACAUCAGCUGCCACUAAGGACAACUCUUCUCUACACCGAUACCUACACGUUGGAUCAUUUUGAUGACUAUGAAAACCCUCAAAUCGACACUCCCAACCGCCUUUCUUACCUUAUGAUCAACUCGCUGUACCGAAUCUAUCUGAACGCAACAUUUGUGAAACGUUACAGCACUACCUGGUGCUAUCCGAACCCAAAGACCGGUGGUCUGAUAGGAGUGUGCGUCGAUCUGAUCAACAACCACUCGGAAGUGGGAGCCUUCAUGUUCAUCACGACAAGCAGGCUCAAAAUGAUGGACUUCUUACCGUUGGGCAUGGAGGGAACGCUCAGUUUCAUCUUCAAGGCACCGAAACUUUCUAUCAUGAACAACAUUUUUGAACUGCCGUUUGACCCAAAUGUUUGGGUUUGCCUGUUUAGUCUGGUAUUUGUUUUAGGCGUUACUUUUUAUCUCAUGACCAAGCUAAACGAUUUUCAAACUCGACCUCUAAGAAACAAAGAUAAUAGCUAUGACCAGGUGUUCAACGCAGUCUCCAUUACUCUUCAGCAAGGCUCAGUGGUAUCCAAAUCGGGUACUCAGCGCGCCGUUGUCCUUGUAAGCGUCGUUGGACUUUUGUUCUUGAGUGUCAGCUACUCCGCCAAAAUCAUCUCCCUGAUACAGACUCCGUCGGAACAGAUCAACAGUUUGACCGAAUUGCUUAACUCGAGGCUCGAAGUUGGAGGACUCGACAUCCCGUACAAUCAUUUUUAUCUAACUACUUCGACGGAACCAGUCCGAAAGGCUAUAUACGAGCAGAAGAUCAGACUUAAGAACGGAUCAUUGAACAUGUUUUCAUUGGAUGAGGGUGUUGCUAGAGUUAAAAAGGGACUGUUUGCGUUGCACGUCCAAAUAGCGGCCGCCGAACAGCUGAUUAGCGAAACGUUCGACGACACCGAAAAGUGCUACCUCCGGAAGCUGAACUUUGUGGACUAUACCGUGAUCUACCUGGCGGUCCAGCGGAACUUCACCCUCCGGGAGCACUUUCAGGUGGGGCUGGCCAAGAUUCGCGAGUGCGGCGUGUACACCCGGGAGUUCAUCAUGAUCCGGCUGAAGGCGCAGCUCAGCUGCGUCAAGGGCACCGACUUUCAGCCGUUGAGCGUGGUGGACGUGCGAUUUGCGAUGGAAGUGAUUGGGGUGGGACUGCUGGGAACGCUGCUGGUGCUGGCGGCGGAGGUCGGGUGGAGCAGGUAUCAGUACAACCGACUGCCGGUGUUUGAAUAUGUUGAGAAUCUAUCCAGCAUGGCCACUUACUGGACACUGCUGGCCCUGACGGUCAGUAUUUCUCUCGGUACAACUCACAGUCAAUCUCCACCAACCACCCCAGAGCUGAUAAUCGAUUUGGUAUCAUUCCUGAAAGUCCCAUUAAAAGUGACGCUGCUCGUUUGCUGGCCGAAAGAUGAAACCGCUGACUUCAUUCGACAGGUGAACUGGCCUUCAUCUCGCCUCGUCGGGAAGCCGAUCUUCAUUGAGGCAAAGUCGGAUUCGGUGGAAAAUGUGCGGUUCUUGGACACUCGGGAGACUCACCAACAGCUCGUCCUCGUCGAUGUGGCCUGUCUGGGGACGGGUGAGCUACUUCGGGAGGCCCAACAUCGAAUCUACCACCGGACCCGGUGGGUCUUACUGGAUGGUCAUCGUGGGCAGAUGGAGCCCGAACGACGAGUGUUCGAUGCAGUUGGUUCGCUACCGGUUACUGGAAGCAGUGAAGUUUACUAUUUUAGCACAUAUUUUGUUAGUGGAAACGUUUCGAUCAGAAAUGUUUACAGAAAUUCAAUGGAAAGUGGACUGCUUAGCGAAGAGAUUGGCAUCUGGUGUAAUGGAACCAUUGAGGACAAACGAGCAGGUCGUUCGGUUUCAGUUCGAAGGAAGAAUCUGCAACAGCUGCCGCUGCGGACCACGCUUCUGUAUACCGAUAAUCAGACGUUAGAUCAUUUUGAUGAUUAUGAAAAUCGGCAAAUCGACACACACAAUCGCAUUUCGUACAUGAUGAUACACAUUUUAUAUCGGUUCUACAUCAAUGCAACGUUCGUGAAGCGUUACAGCACAACGUGGUGCUAUCCGGACCAAAAGACUGGUGACCUGAUUGGUGUGUGCGUCGAUCUGGUCAACAACCACUCGGAAGUGGGAGCCUUUAUGUUUCUUACCACUAGCAGGUUGAAGUUGAUGGACUUCAUUCCUCUGAGUAUUCCUACUCCAAUACUGUUUAUCUUCAAGGCCCCAAAGCUGUCAAUCACGAACAACAUUUACCAGCUACCGUUUGAUCCAAAGGUUUGGGUUUGCUUGCUGGGCUUGGUUGUGGUAUUAUCGGUGGUUUUUGGUUUGAUGCAUUUUAUGGACAACUUAACAACGCGACCAUUGAAAGGCCAAACAAACAGGAAUGACCAAGUGUUCAAUGCAAUCGCCAUUGCUGUGCAGCAGGGUUGUUUGCUGGUCUCCAAGUCAGCGUUUCAACGCACCGUGGUUAUGGUUAGCGUCAUUGGACUCAUGUUUCUCCACAUCAGCUACUCCUCCAAGAUAUUUUCACUUAUCCAGGCUCCCUCAGAACGUAUUGACAGCUUGACUGAACUGCUGAAUUCGAGACUCGAAGUUAGCGGUGACGAUUUGCCGUAUAAUCAUUUCUUUCUCUCUACCUCGACGGAACCAGUUCGAAAGGCGUUGUACGAGCAGAAGCUUAGACGGAAAGAUGGCUCAUUAAAAGUUUAUUCACUCGAGGAAGGCGUUUCAAAAAUUCAAAAGGGAUUGUUUGCCUUUCACGCGAUCUAUUCGGCCGUCGUACACGUGAUCAGCGAAACGUUUGACGAGACGGAGAAGUGCUUCAUCAGGGAGCUCAAGUUUAUCGAUAGCGGUGACAUCAACCUGGCGGUUCAAAAGAACUUCACCUUUCGGGAGCACUUUCAGGUUGGGAUUGCGAAGAUUCGCGAGACCGGGGUGUACAAACGGGAGUUCAUCAUGUAUCGUAUCGACGCGAGGUUGAACUGCGUCAAGGGAGCGGACUUUCAACCACUGAACAUGGUGGAUGUACGGUUCGCUGCGGGUUUGAUCGGUGGAGGUUUGCUGGGAGCGUUGAUGUUGCUGGCUAUGGAGAACGCAUGGAACCGAUAUAAAGUUUCACGGCUGCCGGUGUUUGAGUAUGUCAAUUGAUUGGUUUCAAUCAUGGAGAAGACUCAAAACUGUACUUAUCAAUGCGAAUUAUUUAUGUAAAUGAACAAGAAUAGCCUUUAAGGAAUGUA